ACAUGCUGGAACCCUGGGAGAGGACCGUCUUCAGUAUCCUUGCCAACGUAGCGUUAGCCACAUGCUAACCGCUAGCAUCCGCUUCUUCCGGGUUCAUCAAGCUGCUCUUUGAAAAAGUGCUCCCAGUGUCCCACAUGCCGCUGCUAGACGUCGUGCCGGACUUGGAGCGCCUGGCCGCCGACCGCGUGGUCCCGGCGCUGCUGGAGCGGGGCUUCUGCUGCGUGGACGGUCUCCUCGGGGAGCGGGCCGGCGACGCCGUGCUGGAGCAGGUCAAGGACUUGCACCGGAGCGGGGCCAUGGACGACGGCCGCCUGGCGGCCACCGGACCCGCCGCCCCGCCCGCGGGCGUCCGGGGGGACAAGAUCGCGUGGGUCAGCGGCGCCGAGCGGGAAUGUGACGCCAUCAACACCCUCCUCAAGAGGCUCGACCACGUGAUCACGGUGUGCGCGCGCAGCCUGGUCGGACGGUCCAUAACGGAGCGAUCUAAGGCCAUGGCGGCGUGUUACCCGGGCAAGGGUGCGGGCUACGUGCGACACGUGGACAACCCCAACAGUGACGGGCGCUGCAUCACCUGCAUUUACUACCUCAACAAGAACUGGAAGGCCCAGGAAGACGGCGGCGUCCUGCGCAUCUUUCCAGACGGGCAGUCGUGCGCGGUGGACAUCGAGCCCCACUUUGACCGCCUGCUGGUCUUCUGGUCGGACCGCAGGAACCCUCAUCAGGUGUUGCCUUCCUACGCCGCCAGGUACGCUGUCACCGUUUGGUACUUUGACUCCCACGAGCGAGCCCAGGCCAGGAGACGACUCGCCCGCCCCGCUGUGCGCAGCAGCUGAUUGGAGACACUCCCCCCGGUGGCAGGUACAGAGAACUGCAGCGAGACAGAACAAGUCAGCCUUUGACGUUGGAGGCGUGGCUUAACCCCGUGCUGUCGUCUGAUUGGCUGGCUGCUGCACGAUGCACCCCGCCCCCAACCUUCUGCACGUUGACCUUUGACCUACGGAGAGCCAGGAGGGUCCAGGUGUUGGGGGGUCACGGUGGUCAUGUGACUCCUGGGCUGUUGUAGAGGUUUGUGCAGCCCUUUGAGACAUUAGUGAUUUAAGGCUAUAUAAGUGAACAUUGAUUGAUUGAUGAUGUCAUGCUGCCUUGUUGCAUGGAAGAUAGUCAUUAAAAUAUUAUAUCAAUCACUAAUCAUGUGUCUUAAUGCCUCAUUUAAAUAUUAUGAAGCACUAAACAUGUUAAUAGUCACUAAUGUGUCUUCAUGUGAAGACACAUUAGUGACUAUUAAUACUUUAAUGAGGCGUGAAGACACAUUAGUGACUAUUAAUACUUUAAUAAGGCAUCAAGACACAUUAGUGACUAUUAAUACUUUAAUGAGACAUGAAGACACAUUAGUGACUAUUAAUACUUUAAUAAGACAUGAAGACACAUUAGUGACUAUUAAUACUUUAAUAAGACAUGAAGACACAUUAGUGACUAUUAAUACUUUAAUGAGGCAUGAAGACACAUUAGUGACUAUUAAUACUUUAAUGAGACAUGAAGACACAUUAGUGACUAUUAAUACUUUAAUGAGGCAUGAAGACACAUUAGUGACUAUUAAUACCUUAACGAGGCGUGAAGACACAUUAGUGACUAUUAAUACUUUAAUAAGGCAUCAAGACAUUAGUGACUAUUAAUACUUUAAUAAGACAUGAAGACACAUUAGUGACUAUUAAUACUUUAAUGAGACAUGAAGACACAUUAGUGACUAUUAAUACUUUAAUAAGACAUGAAGACACAUUAGUGACUAUUAAUACUUUAAUAAGACAUGAAGACACAUUAGUGACUAUUAAUACUUUAAUAAGACAUGAAGACACAUUAGUGACUAUUAAUACUUUAAUGAGGCAUGAAGACACAUUAGUGACUAUUAAUACUUUAAUGAGGCAUGAAGACACAUUAGUGACUAUUAAUACUUUAAUGAGACAUGAAGACACAUUAGUGACUAUUAAUACUUUAAUGAGGCAUGAAGACACAUUAGUGACUAUUAAUACUUUAAUAAGGCAUCAAGACAUUAGUGACUAUUAAUACUUUAAUAAGACAUGAAGACACAUUAGUGACUAUUAAUACUUUAAUGAGACAUGAAGACACAUUAGUGACUAUUAAUACUUUAAUAAGACAUGAAGACACAUUAGUGACUAUUAAUACUUUAAUAAGACAUGAAGACACAUUAGUGACUAUUAAUACUUUAAUGAGACAUGAAGACACAUUAGUGACUAUUAAUACUUUAAUAAGACAUGAAGACACAUUAGUGACUAUUAAUACUUUAAUAAGGCAUCAAGACAUUAGUGACUAUUAAUACUUUAAUAAGACAUGAAGACACAUUAGUGACUAUUAAUACUUUAAUGAGACAUGAAGACACAUUAGUGACUAUUAAUACUUUAAUAAGACAUGAAGACACAUUAGUGACUAUUAAUACUUUAAUAAGACAUGAAGACACAUUAGUGACUAUUAAUACUUUAAUAAGACAUGAAGACACA